GACCCAUUUCGUAUGAAAUGACCGUUAGAAACGCUCUUCCACAUUCAAAUCGACGUCUCUGUUCAUAGGAAGAAGCAACCAAGCCCCAAGAGAAGCGAGGAAAGCAAACAAAAAGGAAAUCGAUCCUUAACCGUGAAGCACAUACAUAGAAGUCAGAGAUCUACACAAGAAGUAUUUUUGCAGCAUUUUUCAAUUUCCUGGCCCCAAUGUCUAUGUUGAAACCGCCUUCAGAUCGCAAGCCCCUGCUUUCGACUCAACGUCUUCCCAGCCGGAUCUUGCGCUCCAGUGUUUCCUCCAUCCCAAUCCCAUCAGCUUCCAUAACGAAAGCCCAAAUCCCAAAUCAUUUGUGCGAUAUGGAAGAAUUGGAGAUUCGACCUGAAUACCAAUCCAUUUCGUGCGAGUUAAAGGCCUUGGCAAAGAUGGUUGAACACGAUUUUGGGAACCGCGAACUGGGUAAUACAAAUUCGAGUCCUCUGUUCGAAAGGGGGAGAUUCUAUAAUGAGUACUCGGCUAGAAGGAACGAGAGGUUGAAGAGGAAGAAGUCUGGUGAAAGAAAGGAGGAUUGUAGGAGGAGUAGUGUUUGUAAUCUGGGUGUUGUUGUUGAAUCUGGGAAACAGAGGGAUUUAAAGAAACAUGGAAGUGUAAGAAAAUCGGUCCCUGCAAACUUCUCGAUUGGUGGUGGGAGGACUGAGAAUCACAAAUAUUCUCUGCGAGUGCGGAGCAACAUUAAGGCCAAUGAGGAUAAGAAGCCCAGUAUACCGAUAAUCGCCGCGAGAUCCAUGGUUGAUGGAGUUCGAAAGGUAGGAGCUCCCAGGGUUAGAAAAAUCUGAGCAAUUGAAGAUUGUCUCUGCCUUCUUGUUCUUGGAGGUUUAGCCAUUCUCUUUGAUAAUAUAGUUUGUCUUAUUUUGGGGUUUUCUUGUGGUCUUGGAUACUUCAAUGGAAUGUCAAUGUCUUGGAUUAUAUACUUUUUAUUGUUUUUUUCUUAGGAGUUUUUUCAUAGUUUUCUGAAGUUCAAAAGUGAUUUUGUACAUGUUUUUUCUCCUACUGCUUCUUCCUUUCAUUUUUGCAUCUGUGUUUGAGGGGAGAGCCCUUAGCUCUUGAAUUUGAAGGAAUCCCUGAGGGGAUCUGCAGAGGUUUUAGUUAUUCCUUGAGCAGAAUUUUUAUUAUUUUUUUGGUAAGAAGAAUUUUAUCAAGUUUGUUGAUCUUAAGAGUUACAUGUUAAUAAAUAUCAACAUGGAUCAUGAAAAAGCUUGUUUCUAGAACUUCA